UCCUACGUCGUUGGCUCGCCUCCCAAAGUAGAACUCGCCAACUGAAGAAACGGCCGAUCGCCCCCUCUUCUGGCUAUGGCGGAUGCUCAAACUGAAAACACCCUCUCCCUUUCUGAGCAAUAUGCAUUGGAGAAAGAGGAGAAACCAGAUGUGGCACCAAAACCAGCAGACACAAAAGAGAUUGAAAAUCCAGAAAAUGUUGCCUCUGGCUCUGGGAAUGUUGUGACUGAGAAAUUGGAGGAGGCUCCUGCUGCUACAGUUGAGGGAAGCAUCGAGACCCCUCCUCCUGCUGCUGGGGACAAUGGUGAAGGUUCUGCAGCUGAUUCGGAGGAAGGUAGCGAACCUGCUGCACAGGAAAACUCAGAUGAUGCUGAGGAAACCUCUGAGAUAAAGCUUGAGACUGCCCCUGCAGAUUUUCGCUUCCCAACUACAAAUCAAACAAGGCAUUGCUUCACAAGAUACAUCGAGUACCAUCGUUGUGUAGCCGCAAAAGGAGAGGAUGCUCCUGACUGUGAUAAAUUUGCCAAGUAUUAUCGUGCACUGUGUCCUGGAGAAUGGAUAGACCGAUGGAAUGAGCAAAGGGAGAAUGGUACUUUUCCAGGUCCUUUGUAGAUGGUACCCCAUGACUAUCAUAAAACCCUCGUGGCUUUUCUUCUGUUGUAUCAACUGUUAACCACAGAUUUAUUUCUUGGCUGAAAACAUAUUUUUUUUCCUGGAAAAUAUCCUAUUUGGAAAGGAUGAGUCAAUAUAAAUUGGGCGUGUACCUAGCUAGACUAUAUGGAUGGAUGACACAAUUGUGUUUUUGAUCAAAGGAAUUUACUGCACAUCGGUUUC